UCCUCCUCCUCCACUCCUGUCCUCUUUCCACCAUCCCUCACUCCCUCCCUGCCUGCCCUGUCAGAAGUCUCACAUAUCCCUAGAGGAUAAGAUGCCAUGGAGGCCCCGGGAGGAACGGCGCUCUACGUCUGCUCUUUCCUGCUCAUCCUCACAGAGGUCUGCUCUGAUUUCAUCUACGUCCCUUCGUUAGUCCAUCAUGGCAUCGAAGGGAAGCCCCUGCUUCUGUCUGUGGAGACUCGCUUUCCGUUGGACAACGCUGAGAUCCAGGGCACUUGGUCCCACACCAGGCCGAGUGGCACCAGGACCACGUUGGUGACGUUCACCAAAGACUCUACAAUCACUGACAUGAUGUAUCGCAACCACCUCCUCUUCAAGGAACCCAAUGCCUCUUUGCUAAUCCAGAAAUUAGACCCGGGCGAUGAAGGGGAUUAUCAUCUGAGUCUUAACAUAGAGUUUCACAACAAGACAGGACGGGUUAUCAAGGAGGAGAGAACAGUGCAUGUGACAGUGGAUGUCCCUGUGUCCAGUCCAGUCAUUGAGAAGAACCCAAACUAUGCAGUUGUUGAGGACAAGGCCAACGUGACCUGGACCUGCUCUGUUGAGAGAGGAACAAGGGUUGUGUUCCAGUGGCUGAGGGACAACAUCCCGUUGAGCCCCAGUGGCCGAUGCCACUUCUCCCGAGACAACUCCACAUUGUUGAUAAGUCCUGUGAGGAAAGAGGACAAGGGAAUUUAUCACUGUGUGGCCAGCAACCCGGUGAGCCACGGUCGACACAGCAGGGGCCUGGAGCUCAAUGUUUACUAUGGCCCCUACAAUCUGGAGGUGAACUCGGGCCAGGGCCUGCGGACAGGGGAGGUGUUUACCAUCAACCCAGGGGAGCUGGCUUUCUUCGAAUGCCAGGCUGAUUCCAAUCCACCCAACAGCUACGUGUGGAUCUCCAAGAGCCGCAAUUCCACCCAGGUCAUCACCAAGGGCCCGCGGCUGGAGGUGAAGUCCUACAGAUUGGCCCAGGCCGAGGAGUACCUGUGCCGCGCCUUCAACAACGUGACGCAGAAGCAGGACGAGGCCCAGUUCACGCUGGUGGUGGCCAGUUUAGGAACAGGGAAAGAGAAGCACACCCAGGAGGGCAGCGCUGUAUCUCCGCUGGCCGCCAUCACCGUCUGCUCUUUGUUCAUCAUCGGCUGUAUGCUGCUCUUCUUCCUUAGGAGAACCUGUCAUCCGAAGAGAGUGCUUAUGAGCAUUUACAACAGACCGCUGUCAGAGCAGAAAAGACCUCAUCGUUCAGGUCAUGAGGAUGCAACAGAAGACUUUGGCAUCUAUGAGUUUGUCUCCAUACCUGGGAAACUUGAGUCUGCACAGGUGUCAUGCAGAUCUCUGGCCCGCCUCGAGUCAGUUCAGGAUAUGCACACCACCAUUUACGAUGUGAUCAGACAUGUACCUGAAACCCCCAGUCACAGUUUGUUGGAGUAACUUCCAGCCGGAGAGUCGAAAUGUAACUUACAGUCAUUUCACUUCAAGACUUUGGUGUUGCUGUAUUUCAUUAAGUCUCUGUUAUCAAAGACUGACACACUGGUUCUGGUGGCCCACUUGUUUGCACAAGGGAUGAAGGAAAUUAUGGUGAGUACACAACCUGAUCGUGCACUGUUUUUGUCCAGAGUUUGGGACGGAUGUUCAACGACCUUUUUGUUAUUGUGAAAUGAAAAUGUACGUACGAAUGGCUUAUUAUGUAUGUGAAAGAAUAACUGAUGUUGAAAUUGUCAAGCUUUUACCAUUCAAUUUUUAACAUAUUAUUUAACCAGGCUGAUUAGUAGUAACCAUCUUUAUAUUAUUUUGAAGAUCUUGUAAGUUAACAUACAAGGUACUUAAACUCCCAUAUCUCGAUUACUAUUAAAAAAACAUGUUCAUUUUUAAAUAUUAGAGUUUGUUUUUGCUAAAUUAAUAUCUUUCUAAUUCCGCCCAAAAGAAAGUCUAUUUUGUGAGACAAGUGUAUAAGAAGUGUUAUAAUGAAUGGAUUUUCUUGUAUUAAAUAUAUUUAGGUAAAUGUACUGUAUAUAUUGUACAUGGACUACGCUGCAGAUUCUUUAUAUUAUUCUAUAUCUAUGUUUUUGCUUAAAUCUAUUUAUUCCUAUAGAAACUUUGGACUCAAUUUCAUCAAAUGUAGCAUUUUUCAACAUGGACUCAAUGAAAUGCUAAUUCUUAAAUUAUUGUACAGUUUGCAUUCACAAGUUUGUUUUGUAUUUUAUUAAAGCUAUAACUGUUUACUA